AUGCAAGGUUCAUUGAAGAAAUUAACCACAAUGGAAUACCCUCUUAAUGCUACAUUGGGAGCUCGUAUGAGCGCAUAUCUUUCUAGCUCAGAAGAUUACCAUAAACAAAGAAAGAGGCUCAAUAAAAGGUUACUUAAAUUGCGUCAUGAAUUGGAUCUUAUAACUCCAGAUACCAAAGACUAUAAGAAGAAAGAAAAAAUAUCCAAAAUCUCAUCAGAAGACUACGAUAGAGAUGAAAGAUUUGGCUUGGUUUUACUUUUAACUGCGGAAAGAGAUAGUUUAUAUUCCUCGGAAAUUAAAAGUUUAUUGGAAAUUAGCAAUGACAAUGCUUCUUCUUACAGAAAUCUUAUGAUAAGUAGGAUUAAGAAGUCAUUAUCUAGUUCAAAAAAGUUAUUAGAUAUCACUGCAAAUGAAAAGGAUGAAUAUAAGAAGGUUGAAUAUUACAUCUAUGCUGCCUUGAUUCAAGGAAAUCUAUCUGUCAAUAAAAAACAAUGGCCACAAGCAUUGAAUGCAUUUUCCAUCGCUAAAUGCGCUUUAGAUUUCUUAUAUUCUCAAGAAGAUAGUAAAAUGGACGUUGACGAGGAACAGGAAGAAUCUAUUCAAUUCAAAAAAACCUUGAUUAGUGAAAUUACUGAAACAUUAGUAGAUCCUUCGUUAGCGUUAGCUAUUUCUCAAGAUGAUACUGCCUACUCCACUACAACUGAUUUAAAAACUGUAUCACGUAAGCAUUGCCGUGAUAACAAAUUACCAUAUUUACAACCGGUUAUCGAAAUAAUUGCUGGAAUAGAUCCUGAAGCUGUUUCAGAAGUGUCCUCAUCAACUGAAUUAAUCAAGUCAGUCCAAUGGAGAGAUCACGAAGCAACUUUAUAUAAUGAUGAGCUCGCUUACAAAAUCAUGAAAUUAACUAAUGAUGAUGAAACAAAUUGGAAAAACUUCAACGAUGCUAAUCAGUUUGAUGUAUUAUUAUCCGGAUGGUCUGAGUUAUUAGAAAUUCACACAAAUGAUAUGGACAAAAACAAAGAUGAAGACGAUCUUGAAAAGGUUCAAGACAGAGCCAUUGUAUUGACGUAUAUCAAUUACAAUUUAUUGUUUACUAGAUUGAAAAGAGAUUUGUUGAUCAUUGAUCAAUUGUCAUCUCAAGGUGAUAAUGCUUUUGCUUUAAAGAAAUUAGAGUUUAAUAAGGAUAUCAUUAGAUUAUACGGUACAAUAAUUACCACUACUCAAGAAAUAAAGGACUUGCCAGGUGUUUAUAAUGAUGAGGAUUUACACGAAUCUUUAGAUAAUUUGGAGAAGUAUUUCAUCGCAAAAAAAUCGACUGUCUUAGCUAGGUCGUUCGCUCUUAAUAAUAAGUUCCCAGAAGCAUUGAAGAUAUUUGACCAUGUGGAUACUAGUUUAUCGUCCUCGAGUGAGAAGUUCUAUAAAAUUGAUGUAUUUCCGUACGACGUUAGCAACAAUGGUGAAUUUGAAAAAUUCAAAAAGCAAUUACCUUCUCAAGUGCUUCAAGCUCAAAUAUUGGCACAAUUCUCAGUUGACUUAUCUAAGAAUUUGAACCAGAGUAAUUACGCCAUUGAAAAUAUGAACAAAUUUCCAGUUUCCAAUGAAACUUUGGAUAACAUUGCCAAUAUUAACGAAGAUUUUUCAAUUGCUCCUGUUUUGAGUAAACCCGUUUUAUUUGAUAUUGGGUUUAACUACAUAAAUUACGGUAUGGGCCGCUCUUCGUCAUAUAAUAACUCCAAUUCCGCUGCUUCUGCUACAUCAGAUGCCACUAAUGAUAAAGAAGAUCCUAAUAAAAAGAAAAGUGGGUUUUUUGGUAUUUUCGGCCGUAGCUAA